AUGGCAUGGCAUGGCAUUACACAUCAUGGCACGGCACAGCAGAGCACAGCUCAUCGGCGUCACCCAAGCCGCUGCAGCAGAGGUGCCAUGGGGACAGGCUGUGCCAGCAUCCUGGGCUGGCUCCUGCUGGCACAGGCAGCCCUGCAGGCCACAGGCGGCCGUCCCUGCGAUGCCAAGGACUUUGGGCACGGCUCGCUGGUCUGUGCCUGCAGUGCCGCGUACUGUGACACGCUGGACCCCCUGGUCCUGCCACCCCCCGGCUCCUACGUCAAGUACGAGAGCAGCAAGGCCGGCAAGAGGCUGGAGCGGAGCGAGGGGAGGUUCCAGCACAACGCCGAGAGCCCAGAUUUCCACCUCACCCUGGACACGGCGCAGCGGUACCAGAAGGUGAAGGGCUUCGGGGGCUCCAUCACCGACGCAGCCGCCAUCAACAUCCAGUCCCUGUCCCAGGCUGCCCAGAACCACCUGCUCCGCUCCUACUUCUCCGAGGAAGGCAUCGAGUACAACCUCGUGCGUGUGCCCAUGGCCAGCACCGACUUCUCCGUCCGCCUGUACACCUACGCCGACGCCGAGGGAGACUUCGAGCUCAAACACUUCAACCUGACGGAGGAGGACACGAGGAUGAAGAUCCCCAUCCUCCGGGCGGCCCAGGCAGUGGCCAAGUGGCCACUGUCCCUGUACGCCAGCCCCUGGACCUCCCCCGUCUGGAUGAAGACCAACGGCGCGAUGACGGGGAGGGGGACGCUGAAGGGCAACCCUGGGGACAAGUACCACAAGGCCUGGGCCAAGUACUUCAUCAGGUUCCUGGAUGAAUACGCCAAGCACAACCUGACCUUCUGGGCAGUGACGGCAGGGAACGAGCCCACGGCCGGGGAGAUUGUUUUCUACCCCUUCCAGUGCCUGGGCUUCUCCCCCGAGCACCAGCGGGACUUCAUCGCCCAGGACCUGGGCCCAGCGCUGGCCAACAGCUCCCACCGCCACGUCCAGCUCAUCAUCCUGGACGACAACCGGCUCCACCUCCCGCACUGGGCCAGAGUGGUGCUGGAGGAUGAAGAGGCAGCUCGUUACGUCCACGGCAUCGGCAUCCACUGGUACCUGGACUUCAUCGGUCCCAUACAGGACACAGUGUUGCCCACUCAUGAGCUCUUCCCUGACUACUUCAUCCUGGCCACGGAGGCAUCCAUUGGAGCCCAUUUCUGGGAGCGGGAUGUGAUCCUGGGCUGCUGGGACCGGGGCAACCAGUACAGCCACAGCAUCCUGACGAACCUGAACCACUUUGUGACUGGCUGGACCGACUGGAACCUGGCUCUGGACCUGGAGGGGGGCCCCAACUGGGUCAAGAACUAUGUGGACAGCCCCAUCAUCGUGGACAGCAGCGAAGGCAUCUUCUACAAACAGCCCAUGUUCUACCACAUGGGGCACUUCAGCAAGUUCAUUCCCGAGGGCUCCCAGCGCGUGGGGCUUGUUGCCUCCAAAGAGUCCAAGAAGACAGAGCUGGAGUACACGGCUUUCCUGCGCCCCGACGGCGCCGUGGUGGUGGUGGUCCUGAACCGCUCCCCCCAGGACAUCUCCUUCGGGCUGGCCGACACCGUCGGCCUCAUCUCCGCCGUGGCUCCGGCCAACUCCAUCCAGACCUUCGUGUGGCAGCGGCAGUGACGGGGCCGGGACGCCCGUGGACGUGCCGGACGCAGCCGGGCUGGACGUGCGGCCCCAGCUGCCCGCGGGCUCGGGCUGGGGCGCGCGGGGGGAGCGAUUCCUCGGAGCCGAGCGCCCGGAGCGAGCCGGGCUGGGAAUGCCCUGUGUUUGGCAGGAGGGCCGGGGGCACCGGUGCCCCUCAGGGUGGAGACCCCACAGGCUGUGAGCGCUGUGUUCUGCUGUUCUGGCAUUAAACGGUGAAGCUGC